AUGAGUUCUUCUCUCGAGGCCAAGAUCGUUGUGCUCGGCGCACAAGGCGUCGGCAAAACCUCUCUUGUUCAACGCUAUGUGCGGAAUAAUUUCGACCCCGCCACCACCACUUCCACCGUCGGCGCAUCCUUUGUCACCAAGCGCGUUCUCGACACUACCUCCGAUACUAUUGUGCGCCUCCAGAUUUGGGAUACCGCCGGUCAAGAGCGGUUCCGCUCCAUUUCGCGACUCUACUAUCGCGGGGCGCAUGCGUGCCUGCUUUGCUAUGACAUCACCGAUGAAAGCAGCUUUCAAGAAAUGGCCGGAUGGUUACGUGAACUGAGACGUAACAUCGGCGGCGGUGCAGGCGACCUCGAUCCCUUGGUCAUUCAUGUUGUCGGCACGAAGAGCGAUAUCGUCGCAGAUGACCCCGCCAAACGCCAGGUCCCCUUCGAGCGGACCAUCGCCUACGUGGCCGAACAGUUGUAUCCCAGCCGAGCGUCGACACCUCCACCUACCGCUGGAAUGAGCGGAAUCAGCUCGGGGCUGGGAUUUGCGGCGGGCAUGUUUGGCAGCAGUGGCAGUGGCGGCGGAAGCACCAGUGCUGCGGGGAGUCUGCCAACGUCGAGUGUUCUUCCGCUGCAGAGUCCUGAUAGUAAACGGAGUUCCGCCUUCUGGGGUCAGGAGAUCGGGUGGGACUGCUGUCACGAGAUUAGCGCCCGAGACGGGGAGGGCAUCGAAGAAGUCUUUCGUGUGAUGACGCGCAAACUGGUCGAACAACGCAACCGUCGAGAUGCCGAAGCCGCGUUAUCAGCCGUGGGCACACCAGGCAUUGAUGUUCCCAUCGGUCCCUUUACGCCUGGAUUGGACCGUGCCAACGGUAGUUUCAGACUGGGACAUGGAGACAAGCGACGCAGCUGGCUUGGGCUGGCUUCGCCGACGGUGGGCGACGCGGAAGAGGUCCAGGUGAUGGAUGCGGCCAAGCAGCGUGGACGAUGUUGUUGA